AUGACUGAAAAGUAUCAAAGUGAUUAUCCCAAUUCACAUUAUCUUGCUAACUUGAAUAGCUUGAAUAAGCCUAAUCAACUGGUUAAUUUAAAUCGGUUACCAACCUUGGGAGAAAUUUUAUCAAAUAAAACAAAAUCACCGGUUGAUUUAUAUACUUUUUACCUUUUCAUGAAAGAAAUUGAAAAUAAAGUUGAUUAUCUUGAUUUCUGGUUUGACUUGAUUAAUCAUUUGAAUUUAUGUAAAUUUUACGUUAAAGGAUUAAGAGAUAGUAUAUUAAGACAUUCGACUCAAUCAAAUGAAAAGAGAAAUUCGGAUACCAAUCAACAACCGUUAUUUAGUCAUAAUACAACUAAUCUGGAAUCAAAUUUAAGAAAUUCAGUACCAUUACUGGAAAAAUCAAAACAUAAAUCUUUAAGUUCAUCAAUCUUAUUAGAUUUAAUCAUCAAUGAUCAUGUGCUAGAAGAUAAUGAUUCAAAUAGAUUAUCCCAAUUUUUAAGAGGUGAUAUCAAUAUUAAUAACUUAGAUCCAAAAUUAAAAUCAAUCUUGGAUCAGUAUCAAGAUACCUCAAAUCAUUCAACUCCAAUUUCAAAUACUUAUAAAUUUGAUGAACCAAAUCAACCCUAUAAUCAGCCAAAGAGAAUCAGUUCCAAUUCAAAAUUAUUAGACGAUGAAGCCAAUUCAUCGCAAUCUUCUUUACUUGAUAACCAAUUAGACGUUGGUGAAGCAAAUAAAGCAAGUUUUAUCUCAAGCCCAAAAUAUGUUUCAUUAAAUUCCCCAAAUCUUUCAAAUGACGAACCUUUAGAACCACCCAAGAAAGUGGGUCAACAACAACAACAACAACGUAAUUCAAUCAAUCCUUCUUUAUUAGAAAAAUUAAUUAAAGAAAAUACAACUACAUCAUCAGAAAAUCAUUCAUUCAUUACUCGUAAUAACUUGAAAGAAAGUUCUCAUAAUUUACUUUUAAAAUACUUUGUUGAAGAUUCUGAAAAAAAUUUAAAUUUACCCCAAAAUUUAAAUGAUUUUAUAAUAAAAUCAAUUGAAGUUGACGGUAGAGAUGAUCCAGAUAUCUUUAACCAAGUUAAGUCAUUUGUUUUCAAUAAAAUUGAAAAUGAUCAUUUACCAAAAUUUUUAAAUUUUAUGGCAAUUCGUAAUAUUAAUAAAUCAAUCAAUAUUAGAAUAAUAUUAGGUUUUAUUUCAUUAUUUAUUGGUUUUUGGAUUGCUUAUUCUUUAAUUUUUUUAAAUUAUUAUAAAGGUUAUCGUGCAGUUAUUGUUAUUCCAUUUUUAAUUUCAUUUUAUUGUUUAAUAUCAUCAAUUUAUUUAAUUGAUCCAAUUUUAUGUUGGUUUAAAUUAAGUGAAAGCUUUGUCUACAAUAAUCUGUUUAUUAAAAUACGAGAACCCUUUAUUUAUAAAUUAUUAUUAAAAAGAAGUUGCUGGGUUUUAUUUUUAAUUCUUUUAUUAACUUUAGCUUUCACUCUUAUCUUUUCUUUAGUUCCUGGUCAUCGUUUAUGA